AUGUGUCAUAUUCACGAUAAUUCAGUGAAAGCGCAAGAAAUUCAAAUUAUGUCCUCAGGUCAAGAAUGUCAAAUGACUCCGGUGAUCCACGUUCUUCGACAUCCUGGAUGUAAGCCAAAAGCAAUACCGUCUUUCGCAUGCAUCGGCAAAUGUUCAAGUUAUGUACAGGUAUCUGGAAGCAAAAUAUGGCAAAUGGAGCGAACUUGUAACUGUUGUCAAGAAUCCGGCGAACGAGAAGCGACAGUGGUCCUCUUUUGUCCCAAAGCUAAAUCUGAAGAAAAGAGGUUUAUGAAGGUGUCAACUAAAGCUCCUCUGGAAUGCAUGUGCCGGCCUUGCGGCAGUAUAGACGAAAGCUCAAUUGUCCCUCAAGAAAUUGCAGGAUAUUCAGAAGAAGGACCAUUGCAUAAUCAUUUUAGAAAAACUCUGUAG